CUUCCAACCGUCCAAAAAAAAAAAAAAAAAAAAAAAAACCAAGAAGAAGAAGAAGCUACGCCGAUCCGUACCGGCACCGCGGUCUGACUCGCUGUCUCAGGUCACUUUACUUGCAGAGGAGCAGGGCGGACCCGCACACCGUCGUCUCACAGCAUGGGAAACCUGCAGCUCUCCACCAGUCUUUUCAGGACCGGUGCAGCUGUGUCUGAACAAGGCAGGUUCAUAGCCAAGAGGAUCCGCACUGGCAUAACUUAUUAUUACACUCCGAUCUCAGAGCCGGGGGAACACACAUUAAGUGCUACCAAAGACUUUCAAACAUCCACCACUCUUUGCCCCAUCUCAUCCCUGUCUUCCUCAGCUCUGCCCAAAAGCCGUUCCCCCUCUGCAGAUCCUUCAUCACUUGCCACUUCCCGUCCUCUCCUUGUCUUCUUCUCCUGGCUUGGUGCCCCGCUGGCUGCGGUAGGCAAGUACAGGGACCUGUACAUGGACCGUGGCAUGGACUUCCUCCUUGUCCAGAGCAAUGUAAUGCACUUCCUGUGGCCUCAAUGGGGGCUGGAAUACGGGCUGGAGGUUUUGAAGGUUCUGGAGGAGCCUCAGUUCUCAGGGAGGCCGGUGCUGGUCCACUCCUGCUCCAUUGGUGGCUACACUUUCACCCAGACGCUCAUCCACAUCUCUCAGGGAUGGAACAAACACACAGACCUGGCCCAGAGGGUGAUAGGGCACAUCUACGACAGCUUGGUGGUGGGCACCCUGGAGCGCAUGGCGAUAGGCCUCGGCAAGACUCUGGUGCCACGUUUGGAGCGCUUCAUCAAAAACCUCGCCAUGUUUUACUUCUGGCUCUUCAAACGCCAGACAGCAGACUUCUACAGCAACGGCAUCCAGGUGUUCCACAACAGUCCGGUUACAGCGCCGGCCCUCUUCUUCUACAGCGAAAACGACCCCCUGUGCGACCACACUGACCUGGAAAAGGUAAUUGACUUCUGGAGGAAGAGAGGCAUGACUGUUAGGAGCAGGAAGUGGAAGGUGUCCAAGCACGCAGCCCACAUGCGAUGCCACCCAGAAGACUAUCUCUGCACGCUGGAGAAAUACUUGAACUCGCUGGACGUUCCCUCCAUCAAAGCAAAAAUGUGAAGUGGAGGAGCAGAGGUUUGGGUUGACUGAACUUUAUGAUUUUAAAGUGACAACACUUUGAUCAUUUUAUCUCUGAGCUGCAUGAUUAACAGUAUAAUUUAACAAAGACAUUAUGUCUCUCUAUUAAGGCAUUAUUCUCAAUAGUUUGACUCUGUUACGAUUCUAACCAAUGUUCUGUUUAAGGUGAUGCACUAUUUAUGAUUCAUGACUGUGGAGCCUUUGUCAUGUGAUGCUUGCUUUGCACAGGAAGUAUUCUUGAAUGAACUGUUGUUGCACCUUGACACCAGAGAUCUGGUUUUUGCACAACAAAAUAAAACUCAAA